UGGAGUUUGCAUCAAACUCAGCGUUUGAGAAACGUGGGGGCAGUCUAUGCGGCAAUAUUCCAAGAUGUCAGCCUUCGCGGUAUACAGUUAUUGUGACGAUGAUUAUAUAAAGCUUGUACCUUCGUGGAGUCAGCCAAGGGUUUUAAGCAAGUUCGACAGUGAGCUGAGAGCACGAUGGGACCAAGCCAUGCAAGAUGGCGUGUUUAAAUACACAUUGGAUCACAUACGGACACGAAUACUUGAUGGACCUUUGUCACUUGUUGCCCAGCUCAAUGUAAAAAGGGCGUUGGAACGAAGAAAACCACAGGAGAUAAGUAGUUUGUGUCAACCAUUCAACCCAAAGAUCUUCAACUUUACAAGGAUCUCACAAAGAGAGAUUCUAUUUGUACUCAAACGCAGAGAAAUCGGUGAAGAGGAUCCAUUGGGGGAGCUGCGGAAGCGCUAUCAGGAUGAAAAUAUUGUCAUAGUGAAUGUGAGCCCAUUGGAGUAUGGCAAUGUGCUAGUAGUGCCAUCUCUAGGAAAGUGCCUGCCUCAGAUACUUACGGAGGAUGCCAUCAACUUGGCUUUGGAAACAGUACUGCUUAGUGCUCACCCAGGAUUUAGAAUUGGAUUCAAUAGUCUUUGUGCAUUUGCCUCAGUCAACCAUCUGCACUUUCACGCAUACUACCUGGAACAUCCGCUGUACAUUGAAAAAACGCCUGUGAAGAAAAUCUGUAGACAUUGCUAUGAGAUCACAGAAUAUCCAACCAGGGGGUUUGGAUUUCAGCUGGGGGAGAAUAAAUUGGAACUAGCCAGGAUUAUGUACAAGGUAACAGAUUAUUUUGUGAGGGAGAAUAUUGCUCACAAUCUAUUUGUAACGAGAGGAUCGGCAAUGGAAGGUGACACUACGCGACAGACUCUGAGAGCAUUUCUUUGGCCUAGGAGACCAGUGUUUGGAGCAAAGAGUGAAGACUUAUUUAAUACUGCAGUAUGUGAACUGGCGGGACAUCUGCCGAUAAAAGUGGGUGAUCAGUUUGACACGAUCACAGAAGCGCAGGUGCGUAACAUUCUGUCGGAGGCCUCUCUAUCCGCAGUGGAUUUUGACAAGGUCAAGCUCAAGGUCAUUGAACUGUUGGAGUCGGAGGGCCAGUGACCUUUGUAAUCCCCUUGAAGUGAUUUCAGAAUGAUUCCUUAUGAAUGAUUCUCAUUGUACCAAGGUUAAUGUCAGAUUGUUGUUAUGUUCUCAAGUGGAUUGAAUCUGAAUGGCUGCACUCAAACUGACCAAUAUGGCUAUUUAUAAAGUUGCUACCCAAAUUGAAAAAGAUUUGAAACUCAAUCAUGGUGAGCUUUUUCCGCUCGGCAUGACAGUGCUGUGUCAAACAGAUGCAAACCAAUGUCGAAAACUCGGUUUAUACCUUAAAGGCAUACUAGGCCCAUCAAUUAUGCAAAGUUGACGAAUGCUACAGUAACUGGCACCUUGUGUAGUUAAU